AUGAGGCGCCUGGACGCCAGCAGGGCGCGCUUUGAGGCCGAGCGCGCCGAGGCCGAGCGCGAGGCUGCUGCUCAGGCUCAGCGGCUGCAGCGGGCAACAGCAGCAGCCGACGAGGCAGAGACGCGUGAGCGGGUCCUCGUGGCGCUCGUGCAGGACGUGGUCAACAAGCAGGCGGCGCGGCUGGGCCGUGAGCUUGCGGAGAGCGCGCGCCUGGAGGAGGAGCGGCUGCUGGGCCAGGCCAAGGCCAGGGUCGACACGGAGGAGAGGCGCCUGCUGGCGCAGCUGGAGAAUCAGCGCAAGCGCCUGCAGCGGCUGCGGGACCUGGCUGACGACGAGGCGGAGCGGCUGCGGCGGGUGCAGGACGAGGGCUCACGGGGCCCAGCAAGGAAGCGACUGCGCAGGGGCGACUAG